AUGUCUCUCUUUUAUAAUGGUGAGGCAUCAAAGUAUCUUAGUCAGUUUUGUGCCAAGGAAUUACCACUACCUUCCACUACAAAUAUACUUCAACAUUUUGGAAUGAAAAUAGAAAUUACUAACCAAGAUUUAUUGCAUUCUUUUAUGGUCUAUUUGGUUCUUCCAAUAUUUUUGUUUAAUUUAAUGACAGUUUGGAUGGUUCCAUUUCUACUUAGAGUCUUUCCGAAUAAACGUCAGCAAACCUUACUUUUAUCAAAGGAUAAAAAGGUAUUUGAAUUGAAUCAAAGACUUAUCAGAGGAUUUCUUGCAUCCUCCAUCGCUAUCCACAGUGCAUAUUAUACAUUUUUCAGUAAAUCUGACCCAAUUCCAGGUGCAAACUAUAUUCUAGUUUCUUCGUCCUUCUUUCAUUUGUCAGAUACUAUUAUUCUCUACCUCUAUAGAAGUUCAGAUAAAACAAUGGUAGUUCAUCACCUUAUAGUUAUUAUACUUUCUUGGGUAUUAAUGAUUGUAAGAAAAUCCUUAUCAGUAGCUAUAGUAGCUAGUACAAAUGAUAUUCUAGUUCCUAUUAGCACAAUUCUCAGUUGGUUAUAUAGUUAUAAUUUACAAAAUACUUUUUUCAACUUAUUCUGUUCUGUUUUAUCAGUUUUAAUUUUAGUUUUCUAUAGAAUGCCAUCGAAUACAUAUCUUGCAUAUACAAUUAUUGGAAAAUCUGAUUAUUCAAUUUAUCCUGUUGCUUUGUUAUUGGCAGGUAUUGUGUUUUUGGAAAUCAAAUGGGCCCGUUCUUUAAUUAAAAUAUGUAUGAAGAAUUUCAAUGUAUUAUUAUAUUCCAAAAAAGUUAAAUAG